AUAUUAACUAUACGGCAGCGCAUCGGGCACCAAAGUUGGGGUCCUUAUUGAGCAAAUCCAAGAUGUCGGUAUCCAUAGGCAGGUUUCUCAGGCCGUGGUGUCCUGGGAUUUUGCAGGCCCGAUGGAGUAAAUACAAUCCCUAUUAUUUGGAGCCUGAGGUGAGUAAAGAAUACUUCAACACACCAGAGACUGAGCUGACGGAUGAGCAGAAGGCAGAGCGGCAGCUGAAAACUACCCAUCCUAUCAAGGCUGCUCCUUCUAAUCUUACCAGCUCUGUGUUCAGUGACCCUCUAAUCAGUAAAUUUAUUAAUAUGAUGAUGAAAGAUGGGAACAAAGUAUUGGCCAGGAACAUCAUGACACAAACAUUAGAGAAUAUAAAGAGAAAGCAAGUGGAAAAAUAUCAUAAAGCUCCUCCUUCUGAGAAGGAUGGGAUCGAGUGUAAUCCAUACACCAUAUUUCACCAGGCAUUGGAAAACUGUAAACCAGUUAUUGGCUUAACCUCCAUUCAGAGGGGAGGGAAAAACUAUCAGGUACCCACACCCCUGACAGACAGCCGUCGAAGAUUCCUGGCCAUGAAGUGGCUUAUUACAGAAUGCCGUGAAAAUAAACAUCGGCGAACACACAUGUAUGAAAAACUGUCCCAGGAAUUACUCAGUGCUUUGGUUAAUGAAGGCAAUGUCAUCAAAAGAAAGCAUGACCUGCACAAGAUGGCUGAAGCAAACCGAGCCUUUGCCCAUUACCGCUGGUGAUAACAGCAGUUUGCUUAAACACUAACUUUGAUGCGGAAGCGCUUACUGACUCUAAACAAACAAAUCCUACUCUGCUACAGGGCUGCUAGGAGGAAUGUCAACUGGUGAAUGGUGUGUCCGAUGAAGAAAGUAGUUAAUGUACAAGUCUGUUGAGGCUAAUUUGCUUAUCAAGGUGACUGUGAUGUACACUGUACCAUCUAAAUAAAUACAAUGGUCAUUUUAUGCUUUGUUUAUAAUUUUGUGUUAAAUUGAGAUUACCAGAAUUCAAUUUAUUAGAAAAUAUUUGUAAAGAGAAAAUGGGUAGCAUCUAAAAAAAAGAUGUUUUUAAAUUAGUACACCUAUAAAACAAUGCUUUUCAUGGGACUGUCCACUGUAGUCUUUAUAAAUGCCACUGUAAAUUCUCUUUAGCUAAUAAACACAAUGCUCUUGUAAAGUU